AUGGCUUCUUGGUUCCAGCGUGCGACGAGCUCUACGCAUGCGCAGUUUGCUGCUACGGCUAUUGUGUCGGGGGCUGUGGUUGCGGGCGCAAUUUUGGGAUACCAGCAUGUUAGGCGGGUCGAGAGGACGGAAGAUUUGAAAAGGAGUAUACCAGCGUUGGGCGCUGGUGAUGAGGGAAAGCUUACAGAUUGGGGGGCUGCGUCACCGCAACCUACUAUGAGCAAAGAGGACGAAAGAAGCGCUAUGCUUGCAGAAAGAGCGCAGAAGGGAGAUUAUGAUGAUGAACUCAUCCUCGAACAAUUGGCGCGAAAUCGAGUCUUUCUUACAGAUGCCGGACUGCAGAAGUUACGGUCAGCCUUCAUAAUUGUUGUGGGCUGUGGAGGUGUGGGAUCCCAUUGCACAGCUGCAUUGGCCCGUUCAGGUGUCUCUCGUAUCCGCCUCAUCGACUUUGACCAAGUUACUCUCUCCUCCUUGAACCGACAUGCUGUAGCGACUUUGGCAGAUGUAGGGACACCAAAAGUUACAUGCUUACGGAAACGACUACAACAAAUAACACCAUGGGUACAUUUUGAUCUCUGCAAUGAGCUGUUUGCACCCUCUGCAGCAGACAGAUUACUGGGACCUUGGGAAGGACGAAAGCCAGACUUCAUUAUUGAUGCCAUUGACAAUAUUGACAGCAAAGUAGCAUUGUUGGAUUAUUGCUACAAGAACAACCUUCCAGUUAUCUCGUCUAUGGGAGCUGGAUGCAAGUCGGAUCCUACAAGGAUAUUUAUUGGAGAUAUUUCUGCUAGCACAGACGAUCCACUCUCGAGGUCUACCCGCCGCCGCCUUCGCGCUCUGGGAAUUGCGUCUGGGAUUCCUGUCGUAUACUCAACCGAAAAGCCAGGUCCGGGCAAGGCUCAGCUUCUGCCACUGCCAGAGGAAGAAUUUCAGAAAGGCUCUGUUGGUGAUCUGGGUGUGUUACCUGAUUUCAGAGUUAGGAUAUUACCAGUUUUGGGUACAAUGCCGGCGGUCUUUGGCUAUGCGGUCGCGAACCACGUUAUCCUUAAGAUCUCGGGCUACCCAAGCGAGUAUUUACCAGCCAAGGGACGAGAGAAGAUGUACGAUGGUAUUUUGGCUCAGUUACAAGGCUCAGAAGAGAAGUUGGCACGAGCAACAACUCCAGGUGAAGAUGCACAGGGACUUAAGCUGGCGAUAAGCGCAAAUGAUGUUGGAUAUGUGGUGGAAGAGAUCUUCAGAGGAAAGAGUGCGAUUAGUGGCGUCUCGACUCGAUUGGCGUUAUGCAGAUGGCGGAAGCCGAGUGGAAGCACUAUUGAUCUGAGCGUGGAAGGACAAAAGACCAGUCGAGUACUGCUUAGAGACUUGGUGUGUAUGACAAAGGAAGAAGCAACCGUACAUGAGAGAGAAGUCAUCCAAGGAGGGAAGACGCCAGAAGCAUUGUAUAGUAAGGAGAUUGUGGACCUCGUUGAGGCGAGGAUUAACGAGGAAUUGGGGUACGAGAAGUACAGAUGA